AUGCGCGUCCCGCCAAAGCACCACACUGCAGACGAACCUCGGGGUACCUGGAAGCCGGAGCGCCGGGCCGAGCGGAGCCCCCGAGGUUGGGACCGGGCGAGCGGCCGCAGCGACGCCUCCGGGAGCGACGCUCCUCGACGGCACGACCCCGAGGCCGAGGCUCAGCCCGUGCCCGCGCUCGCACGGAGCAGCGGAGAGCCGGCCCAGAGCGGCGCGGGCGAAGUGGUCGGCGCGCCCCGGGCGGACCCGAGAGACGAGAAGCUCGCCCUGUACCUGGCCGAGGUGGAGAGGCAGGACAAGUACCUGCGGCAGAGGAACAAGUUCCGUUUCCACAUCAUCCCCGACGGCAACUGCCUCUACCGAGCCGUGAGCAAGGCCGUGUACGGGGACCAGAGCCUGCACCGGGAGCUGAGGGAGCAGACUGUGCACUACAUCGCCGACCACCUCGACCACUUCAGCCCCCUGAUCGAGGGCGACGUGGGGGAGUUUAUCAUCGCUGCUGCGCAGGACGGGGCGUGGGCCGGCUACCCCGAAUUGCUGGCCAUGGGGCAGAUGCUGAAUGUGAAUAUCCACUUAACUACUGGAGGGAGGCUGGAGAGCCCCACCGUGUCUACCAUGAUCCACUAUCUGGGCCCGGAGGAUUCCCUAAGGCCUAGCAUUUGGCUCAGUUGGCUCAGCAAUGGACACUAUGAUGCUGUUUUUGACCACUCCUAUCCUAACCCAGAGUAUGACAGUUGGUGCAAGCAAACCCAGAUGCAGAGAAAACGCGAUGAAGAACUUGCCAAGUCCAUGGCCAUAUCCCUGUCCAAAAUGUAUAUCGAACAAAAUGCAUGCUCUUGAAAAGUCUGAGGACCUAAGGAGCCGGGGAAGUGGCGUCUGUCAGUUGUUGGGAGAGCCGCAGGAACUCUAAUUAGGGUAAUGGCACUUUUCAGCUUCCUAGUACAUUGGCUGUAGGUGUACCGCCUCAAUCAGUGUUUGAGUGUUCUCUCAGAGCCGCAGGUUGCUGGGCACCUGGACGAUGUUUCCGGAUAGGUUUGGGUGAGCCUACAGCUAUUUAUAAUUUGCUGUAUAAAGUGAGCGCUACCUAGUUUGCAAGCUCAUGUCUCACGGUAUGAAUUUGUUCAUUCCUGGUAGUCUAUUUUCUAUAAAAAUGUAUUUUUGCACAUUUUUAAAAAUGGGUGUACUUUGAUCUAUGACGUGUUCCAAUUGCGAGUAAAGGCUUUUAAGCAUAAUCCAGAGAAGUGCUUUCUAUGAAGUUUAUCUCAGUUUGUGAUUUAGUAGUUAGUUUACAUUGUUUCACAAUUCUUAAUUAUCUCAAAUGGAUAUUUUGACACAUUAUGUUACCAUUAGCCCAUUCCACGUUGAUGAAACAAGCGGAUUAGUUGUUUGGGGGAAAAUGUUAUUUUUUUUAGAACUAGUCCGCUUUGAAGACAUUUAACGAAAGGAUAGCUUUGGGACGAUUUUUUUUCCUUUAAAGGACAGUGCCAGGCCUUACUUGAAUAGAAGUCUGCUGUUUGCCGUGGCAGAAUGAUAAUUCUGUACUCUAGGGUUCAGAGUAGGUUGUCUGCUGCUCUCGUUUGUUUUCUUUUUAUUCAUCAGCGUCUUAGAAAAGACAUUUAACGUGUAUGAAAUUUUGUGGGAAGUUCAGCCUCCUGCAUUACACAGCUUCUUGGUUCCAACUUAGAUUUUAAAAAUGAGCCUAAGUGGCUGGGCCUGACAGAUGGCCGUUAUUUUUAGCAGGAGGCUGCUGUCUUAAUAUUCUGUCAUUUUAAAGUUCUUCCAAAAGGUAAAAUAGAAUUUACCUUGUAUUAUGUAAAAAUGUAAACAGCUUGUAUGGUUUGCUGGGUCAAACAGUGUUUCCAAUCAAAGAAAAAAAGAUCUAUGUUGCCACUUUUAACUACCUUUAGUGUAUUUAUUAAGUAAUGAAGUUUGUACUUUUUUAUUUUGUAACAUUUUGUGAUUUUUUUUGUACAAUAAUGUAUUUGUACAAUAUAGCAGGUCUCAGCUGAUGGAAUGAAUGAAUAAAAUGUAUACUUUUAC